ACUAGUCCUAGCAGAUUUGAUUUUGAAUCAAGAAAGAUUUGAAGAAGAUUCCAUUAUCAAAACAGGGAAUUUUAGUUUCUAUAAUCUUUGUCGUUAUAAACCCUAAAUCCCUGUUCCCAAUUCAGUCGAUGUCCAUGAAUUCCUCGCAAUUCACAUUCAUACGCAAUUCUCUCCAUGGAAUCAGCCACUCAAAUUGUUAAGAAAGAGCACAAAACCUUCUUUAGACGACGAUUAACGCGAACGCCACCACUGCCGCCGCCACCGCCGCCUUCUCUUUCUUCAUCCUCUUCGGUUCCUCUCAACCUAACUCCAGCCGCCAAGCCCGAAGCCCCUGGUCCGAUAAAGAGAACUCGGGAUUUGCCUGAUUUUUCGGAAUGUCAUGCUUGUGGAUUUCGUAUUGACGUCGUUGACGGUCGUUCGAGGCUUAAUUCCCUCUACAGCGAGUGGCGGAUUGUUCUUCUUUGUAAGAAGUGCUUCUCUCUUGUCGAAUCUUCUCAGGUUUGUUCUUACUGUUUUGCUGACUCCAGAGGCGAUUCUUUUAGUUGUUGUGAUUGUAACCGUCGGGUUCAUACGGAAUGUUUUGCUCAGUAUAGUAGAGUUGCUCCUUGGUCGUAUUCCUCUUCGGGUUCUGAGUUUUCUGUGUGUAUUGAUUGUUGGGUUCCUAAACCAAUCGUCACUGCUAGGGCUAUUUUGAAAAAUAGGAAAAUUAGGAGAAAGAAUAUCCAUGCUUCGGAUUUGCAGAGUUCUAAGGUUUCAACUAGCCGAGACUGCAAAUCAUUGACUGCAAUACUGAAGGAUUCAAAUUGUUCGGUGGAGAAGAAAGGUAAUGCUGCGGUUAGAGCUGAAGAACACGCGCUGAAAAAGACUGCUGUUGAUAGGAUGGGUUUUGAGUUGGCUAGCGACGCAUUAAACUUGGUAGCCCAGAGGGAUGAAAGCACUGCCAAAGAGUCUAGGGAAUCUGCCGAUGACGCCGAGUUGGCAAUUGAGUUGCACCGAGCUAUGAAUAGUUCUCCAAGACUUUCCAAGAAUUUUUGUUUGGUGAACUCGAACUACAUGGCCUGUGAGAAUGUGAGCGUAGACGAUGGCAACACAUCGAUAGGAGCGCUGCAUAGUAGGGAGUUCGAUUUCCGUAAAACCCCUCGAGUUUUGAUACAUAACAAUAUAUGCAACUCUCUUGAUAAAGCUGCUUCUGAAGAUCACAUCGCACCAUUAGAAAUCAAUCGAGAAUCCAUGGGUAACGAUCCUAUGCCUAUAAAGGGUAAUGCUUGCCAGGAGUUGCCAUCAAAAGAUGAUUUGAGGAGCAGGUCAAUUAAGUUAAGGAGUGCUGGUUGUGAUCAUCAACUGCCACACAAACAAGAUAAGUCCGCUCUGCCCGGGGAUGAGAGGUGCAGGUGCAUUGCAAAGCCCUAUCACUAUUUCUUCAAGUAUAGGAGAAGAGAUACUACUAAACGAUAUUUGUUGAAGUAUAGCAAGCGGAAUUCAAAACUGAAGAGAACGCCUGAUUGUAAACCUAACAUUCUUGUUGAUGGAACGUGCUUGGGUGUUCCAUCAUCAUCUGCAGCAAUUCUAAUUAAUACUGAGAAAUUUCCAGUAGUUUCAAAUUCCUCAUUUGGCUGCCGUGACGUUCCUCUGCAAUCAUCUGGCCUGAAUGCAGUUCAAGAAAUCAGUAACCAAGGAGGAAGGUAAGGGAGAAUGCAGUUCCCACAGGAACAUUUCUGCAAAGGAAAUGAACAAAUGUUCUUAAACACUGUGAAUCUGAAGGCUUAGGGUCUGCCUUUCCAACUUGCAAGCAACUCUUUGAUAAAAAAACUCAGCUUCUGUCUCUGAAGAGUUAUCGAACAUGGAGGUUGAGUUUGUAGCUCCUCACUCCAUCGCAGCCACCUGUGGCCGCCACUUGCUUCCUCACCAACAGGAAUAUGUGAACGGUGUCAUACUGAUUGUUGGUAAUUGUUAUUAUAAGAAAAUUUCAUAAGAUGUAGAUGGCUAUAUCUUCCAAUGUUUGAUACAUCGACAUUCCUAAGAAUGAAGUGCGUCGAUUUGGUAAGUCGAUCAAUUAUGACUCAUAUCACGGUAUGGCCUUAGCAUUUUUUAGAAAAUCCUAUAACAAAAUCUACUAUAUUUUAGAGGUUGUAAUAAACCUACUGUCUUUUGUCUAACCUUCCUACUCCGCCGCUAAAAGUACUUCUUUCAAGUCUUGAUACAUCUGAGUGUUACAAGAAUGUACCGAAAGUUGUGAGUUUCGAGUCUUUGUUGGUAUUUCCUCCUAGAGAGAAACAUUUCCUUUUUCAUUCUUUAACCAAUGCCAACAUGUAUGGUUCCAUCUAUUUAGCAAUUCUUUGUCUCAAUGUAGGCUGCUCUGUUAAUCUAGCUAACUGCGGUUUAACUACUCCCAUCAACACAACUAUCCAAGCACGUUCCAUGCCUGUAUGAAUGGAAACUUGCUCGAUGAUCAAUGCUAAGGUGAGUGAGUCAGUGAAGAGGUACUUUAGACUUUUAUGAUUUGUAAAGACUUGAGUCUUCUUGCAAUACAGACAAUGCCUCCAAAUUUCUAGUGAACACUACCACCGUAAACUCCAAAGAGUUGUGCUCAUAGUCCUUCAACUGAUGAGAUGCGUAAGCUGCAUUAAAACGCAUCCAAGUUCCCUCUCGAAGGAUUCUCUUGUUUGUAUUGGCACAAUGAGAAUUGGGUUUGUAACCAAUCUUUGUUUGAGUUU